UGUAGCAGAGGCUCCAAAAUAUGUACGCUGGGGCAGGCGGAGACUAUGAACGAAGAACGAGACUGGGAGUGACUGAGAAGAAAAUUAAUAACAUUCAAAGAGAAAUGUCCUCCUGGGACUGUAGAAUGCGAGAGCGCAAACGCCAAGAUAAUCCGAAUCCUUCCUAUAGAUUACGUGCCACGCCGCAAUCAUCGAGAUCUACUAACGGGAGCGAAUUUUACCGAUGAGACUGCUGCAGCUUUUAAACUGAGACGUUGAUCUAAAUAUUCCAAAAGGGAUGAGUCCUCCUCCAUUCCGUGGAUGCCCCCCAGUCGUGUCCGAUGGAUUUUCCUGUGAACAUUGCCUUGCUCGGCACAAGCAACACCCCAGCUGCAAACAACGCGUCGGGCACAGGUCUGAUGCUGGAUAUAGUCACUCUGACCCCCGUUUUGAACAGCCUAGUAACCCAGAGCAGCGCUGGAAACUACACUGGGGGAGGCGAUCAAAACCAGCAACACAAACCCGUCAACAACGCCGAAGCGAAUUCUCUUCUUCAUGGCAUUGCCGUCGCGGCUCAAGCACUGGUGCUUCUGGCCAUUUUCCUCCUGUCAAGUUUAGGAAAUUCAGCAGUCGUGGUUGUCAUUAUCAAGCACAGGCAACUGAGAACGGUGACGAAUGCCUUCAUCAUGUCUCUAUCCCUUUCCGACUUCCUGACAGCCAUUCUUUGUUUACCUUUUUCCUUCAUAAUGCUUUUCAGUAAAGAUGGCAUGUGGAUAUUUGGGGACCGUUUCUGCAUAGCCAAUGGGUUCUUUAACACCUGCUUUGGCAUCAUCUCUACUCUGACGAUGACUUUGAUCUCCUUCGACCGGUACUAUGCCAUCGUGAGGCAACCUCAGGAGAAAAUAGGGAGAAGGAAGGCCAUUCAGCUGUUAGUAGCUGUGUGGCUGACAGCGGUUUUUUUCUCCUUUCCUUGGUACUUGGUGUUGCGAACAUCCAAGGACCUAGUGGUGCACAAAAGGGGCUUUUAUCACUGCAUGUAUGUCUUUCAUUCAGGUACCUCCAGAAUGGGCACCGCUUACAGCAUAGCUUUAAUCGUGGUGUGCUAUCUCCUUCCGUUUGCUCUGAUGUGCUUCUGCCACUAUAACAUUUGCAAGACUGUCAGGCUGUCAGAAAUAAGGGUGCGGCCAGUAACCACGUACGCACACCUGCUCCGUUUUUACAGCGAGAUGAGAACGGCCACGACAGUACUGAUCAUGAUAGUGUUUAUCAUCUUCUGUUGGGGCCCGUAUUGUUUGAUGGGCAUCAUCACGGCUGUGGGUGAUUAUUCCUUCAGCCCUGUCAUGGACACCGUCGCGAUAUGGAUGGCGUGGGCAAACGGGGCAAUUAACCCUCUAAUUUACGCUAUUAGGAACCCCAAUAUAUCAAUGCUCCUGGGGCGAAACAGAGAGGAGGGAUACAGGACUAGAAACAUUGCUGCCUACUUGUCAACGCAAACCCAGAGCAGGGAAGCCAGAACGCGCGCCGACAGAAUAAGAGACAGGUAUGUGAAUAGGCACGGUGCAGGCAGCAGAAUGUCUUCCUCCAGCCCAGCUAACGGAGGCGAAAUCGCGAUGUGGGCGUGCAAAAACCCCGCCGUCCUUUUCUGCAGAGACGGCCAGCCGGACACAGUGUCUGAGCCCACUGUGCCCAAAGUUGAGACCGCGGAUACUAGUUUAUAAGUUUUUUGUCGAAUGUCUUAUUGUUAUCCAAAUAAUGGUAAUGCAUUUUAAACAGGCUGUUUAUACACAGGACAAUGUGCCAAAAGAGCGUUGUUAUCCAAUAAGGGUCAUGGAUGUCCAUCCACAGACACGAACAUACUUGAUGGUGUCAGCGAAAAGAUACGAUACCAAGCAUUUCUGGAGUGCCAAUAUGCAGUAGGUCAUUACAGUAGGUAGUGUAUCGGUUGAACACUGUGAAAGAAUGAAAAAACGGAAUAAGCUUUUUAUUCCGGAGCGCAUUUAUAGUGUUUGAUUAUUGACGUUCACUUCCACCUGAUUGUCUCCACGGAAUCUGAAUUCAAAAGCUGAACUGAAACAAAUGCAUAAUGGUACAUAGCGAGGGUCAAAGGCUAUUGUGUAAGUAGCAAUUCGAAGAUGAAAUGCAAUUGCAUACAUGUUGCAUUUUCGUACAAAUGACUUAAAACUUUAGGCCAUUAAAUCUGUGCAUUCAUAUUCAUCAGUUCCAGAUUAAUAUGCAUGUAUUUAAUUAUACAACCACUGCAAAGGUCGUCAUGCACACGGACAGGUGACACAUAAUCAACCUGUUUAGAUUAUGAAACAUUAAGGUCACAUGUCUUUGAUCCCAAAACGUUUAUCUAUAGGAACCCAGGUAUUUAGAUAUUAAAA